UUAAUGUACAUAACUUCUUGUUAUUGGCUAUUUCAUUGUGUGAUUAUGGCUGACAACAAUACAACAGCUGCAGAUGGUGGUAGCAGCUCCUCUCUGCAACAAGUUAAUGACAUGAUCAUAAUAGUCCAGGUGAUGAAUGCAAUCUUCAUUUACAUCAUCUGCCUGCUCAUCUUCACCUUCUUCAAAAAGGACACCUUUCUCUCAAACACACGUUAUAUUUUCUUUGCUCACACACUGCUGGCUGACUGUCUGUACCUAAUCAUGACUAAUAACUUGCUCCUCCUGACUUACUUUAGUGUCACCAUGCCAGCUGCUGUGUGUGUUUUUUUCUGUGUGUUGCUUUGUGAGUUGACCUUUGUCACGCCGCUGACACUGACAGCCAUGAGCCUGGAGCGAUAUGUGGCCAUCUGCAUGCCCCUGCGCCAUGGAGAGCUCUCCACUGUACGCAGUGCCAUUCACUGCAUCCUACUCAUCCACAGCAUCAGCGCCAUACAGCCCAUAAUAAUUGUCUCCAUCUUCUUUGCCUCAGUCCCUCUGGGCUUCUACACGCAGUAUAAACUGUGUUCAGCAGAUAUGUUUAUUGCACACAAGUGGCAGAGACACCUUAGAUCAGUUAUAGGUCAGUUCUACUUUCUGGUCAUGUCCAUCACCAUUGUGUUUACCUAUGUUAGAAUAAUUGCAGUGGCCAAAGAAUCUUCGGACAAUAAGAAAUCUUUAUCUAAAUGUCGUAAAACGGUGAUUCUCCACGCUAUCCAGUUGUUCCUGUGUCUGAUCCAGCUGUGGUGCCCGUUCAUUGAGGCUGCCAUCCUGCCAAUUCAUUUGAAAUUGUACAAUGUGAGAUUCUUUGAUUACAUUGUCUUUAUUCUGGCCCCGCGAUGUCUUUGUCCACUUGUCUAUGGCCUAAGGGAUGAAAAGUUUUUCCUUGCAAUUAAAUGUUAUGUGUUUUUUGGGCUGAAUAAGAACAUAUCCCCAAUACUUGUUGAUAACUUAAUUACUGGUCAUAUGAAAACAUAA